AUUUCAAAAUUGAAGCUUUGCAAAAAUGAACUGCAAAUUGCGUCGCCUGGAUAUGCUGCGGUCAGGACAGCUGUCCGACUGCGAGGUGCGCGUCUGGUAUUCGGACAGGAAUAAGCGCUGCCAUCGGGUGUUCAGCUGCCACCAGUUCCUGCUUGUGUCCGCCUCGGAGGAGUUUGGGCGACUGUGCAGAUCGCCGAACUUUGAGCGGAACCAUCGAGUAAUCGAUUUGGACGAUGCCUCGCCCCAGGCCUACGAGGCCCUCAUCCUGUACAUCUACACCUACGAGGUGUGCAAUGCCAUCAACCUGGAGAUGUGCGGCGAACUCAUGCUCCUGGCCAUAAAGCACAAAAUGUACGACUUUAUCGACUGCUACCUCACCAAGCUGUCCGCACAGGAUUGGCCCAUGGAGGUCGUCCUGCAGAUAUUUCAUCUGGCCAAUCAACACAACAGCCCCGUCAUUAUGGAUCUGGUAGCAAAGAAAAUUCUUCCCAUUGCCACCAAAAUGUUGAAGGAGAAUGUAUUCCUGCGGCUGAACGUGCGAGAGCUCAAGGCUCUGAUGAUCAUCAUGAAGGCCGAGGAGAUCGUACCCGACAAGGAGCUGCUAUGCGCACUCAAGAAGUACCAGGUGGCCAACAACUUGAGCUACUGCGACAUGGAGCGCUUCCAGCAGUUCGUUGAGGUGGCCCGGCUCUUUGAGGAAGUUUAUUUCGCGGUGGAUGGCUCCUUAACCAUUCGAGCGAGUGGGGACGAUGAAGACGACGAGUGUGUAACGGAUUUGCCCAAGCCGGAGGAGGCCAUAUCUAGCACAUCCAAGAGCACAUGCUCUGGCUUCGUAGAGGAGCAGGAGAGCCUUUGUAUGGAAAAUUCGUGGAAGCAGUCGAGCCGUUCGAACAUUUCCAGAGUCGCGACGAAUCAAGACCUCAAGCUGGAUUUAUUUGCUGUCAAGCAGAAAGUCUCUGGAUUCGUUGAGACGCAAAAGAACCCCUCAGGAUGCGUGGUGAAGCAGGAGAACGUUUGUGCAUGCGUGGUGAAGCAGGAGAAGGGCUGCAAACCCUGUUCCCCAAUACAAAAGCAGUCGAACAAUUCGAAGGGCCCUCGAGUCGUGGAGAAGAAGGUCCCGUCGAAAACCUGUGGAUGUCCAGCGGAUGUAAAGAAGAAGCCAAGCGUGAACGACUGCCAGUACAGAGCUUAGACGCGGGGGUCGGCGGUUUUUUUUAUUGAGAUUUGGAUAUAAUUAAAAUCAAAAUUAUCGCUUUACGAUUGGGGCUUACAGAAUUAAAUACUAUUUUAUAA